AUGGUUCUGAUUAAGGAUUUUCUCGAGGCCAUUGGAGCCGCAAGCCAUCAUCCAGUUAGACUGUGCCUGGAAGCGAUUGUCAUUCAGCUUGUCUAUCUCAUUGUCCUAGGCGUCUAUCGCCUCUACUUCCAUCCUCUGAAUAACUUCCCUGGUCCAAAGCUGGCGGCUUUGACAUACUGGUACCAGACGUACUACGAUCUCCUCAAGGCUCCCGGUGGGCAGUUUAUGUUCCAGUACCGCAGGCUUCAUGAGCAAUAUGGACCAAUCAUCCGCAUCAGCCCGAAUGAGAUUCACAUCCAAGACUCGAGCUUCUUCGACGAGAUGUUCUCCCAGACCCUGCACUGGGAUAAGCCUGACCACCUGCAGUAUCGCUUCAGCAAUGCGACGGGGACGUUUCCGACUCCUAAGCACGAGAUCCAUCGGCGUCGCCGUGCAGCGGUCAAUCCCUUCUUCUCGAAACAGAGGAUCGCGGACGUAUCCUGGAUCAUGCAGGAGCAGUUGGACAAGCUCUGUGCUCGCCUUCGCAAAGAAUACCAGGGAACAGACCAGGUCCUGCGUUUAGAUUGGAUGUGGGGUUGCAUUACGUCCGAUAGUAUCGUUCGCUACUGCUUCGAUCAAAGCUACGGGUUUCUCGAUGCUCCGGAUUUCAAGUCCCCCUUUGUGCAAGCGAUGGUCGAUCUUUUGGAUGGGGUCCAUCUCGUUACGCAAUUCCCCUGGGUGAUGGCCAUCCUAAAUGCACUUCCGGAGCGUCUGCUGGCUCUGAUCCAGCCAGGGAUGAAGUCUGUCCAUGACUUCAACCAUCAAAUGGAAUACCAGAUUACAGACGUGCUGGCUGACAGGAAAGCUGGAGGAAAGCCCAAGCGGACUGUCUUCCACGCGCUACUGGAGUCCGAUCUUCCCCCAGAAGACCUCUCUCCGAUGCGCCUCCAGCACGAAGCCAUCAGUGUGGUGGGAGCAGGCAUCGAGACAACCAAAUGGGCCCUUUCUAUUGGCAGCUUUCACAUCAUCAACAACCCUGGGAUCUACCGACGCCUGCGGGAGGAGCUUGAGGCGGCGAUCCCCCACCCUCAGAACAUCCCUCCACUGAGAGAGUUGGAGCGACUCCCUUACUUGACCGGCUGUAUCCAAGAAUCAAUUCGCCUGUCUUAUGGAACCGCCCAGCGAAGUCCUCGCGUCUCCCAGACCUUCGACCUACCCUACAAGGCGUAUGUAAUUCCCCGCGGGUCCAUCGUCAGCAUGGACAAUUAUGCCAUUUCCCACGAUGAAGCCAUCUUCCCAGAUUCGCACGAGUUUCAGCCCGAGCGCUGGGCGGGUGACCCCCUCGCUCCCGACGGGAAGAAGUUGGUCCGGUAUCUAGUGUCUUUCGGGAAGGGGACUCGGUCAUGCCUGGGUAUCAACCUGGCUUAUGCGGAGAUGUAUAUUGCCAUGGCCAAUGUCUACCGGAACUUCGAGUUCGAGCUGUUUCAGACGGAUCGCACGGCUGUUGACUGUUUCAAGGAGAUGUUUGUUCCUCAUCCGAAGCCAGGGACCUUGGGGGUACGAGCAAAGGUGAAGUAG